ACUCCUCCCCGAGCAUCCUCGACUUCGCGAAAUGGAAAACGAAAAUCGCACAAUGAACGGAUGGAGACUACUGCAGACCGCUGCGAAUGAGCUAUCGCUAGCGACGACAUUGAAGUGCGGACAGUCUUUUCGGUGGAAAGCUUCGGGUGAGAAUGAAUGGUCAAUAGCCCUACGAAACCGAAUCAUAAGUCUACGACAAACUGCGCCAGCAGCGCCAAUACACUACCGAGCUAUCCACCCUCCAUCCUCCUCUCCACCACUGGUACCACCAUUGGACGACACAGAAGAACUUCUUCACGACUACCUCGCCCUAUCAGUAAAUCUCGAAAAUCUUUACGCACAGUGGACAAGGGACGAUCAAGUGUUUGCCAAACUCGCCCCACGCUUCGCAGGAAUCCGAAUCCUCCGCCAACCUCCCCUCGAAAACCUCCUCUCAUUCAUAUGUUCCACAAACAACAAUAUCGCCCGUAUCACCCAGAUGGUCGACAAACUCUGCGUCAACUAUGGUACCUACAUCGGUGACCUCGACGGCGUUGCAUACUACGACUUCCCGACUCUUGAGACAUUCGCGGAGGCUGCGGCGAGGACUGGGGAGGAUGAUUUGGAGACGAAGUUACGAGGGAUGGGAUUUGGGUAUCGUGCAAAAUACAUUGCGAAGACUGCGCUAAUUCUCGCUCAUGACCAUCCACCCAAUUGGCUCGAAGACUUGCGUACGAAGACGUAUCAAGAAGCCCAUGAGAGUCUGCUAACACUCUCCGGCGUCGGUCCGAAAGUGGCGGAUUGUGUUUGCUUGAUGAGUCUGGACCAACACUCCGCAGUACCCGUCGAUACGCACGUCUUCCAAAUCGCAGUACGGGAUUAUAAAUUCAGAUCAAAAGGCGCAGGCAAAGGGACGGGAACGAUGAACAAAGCAACGUGCGAAGCCGUUGGGGAGUUCUUUAGAACGCUGUGGGGCCCGUAUGCGGGGUGGGCACAGUCUGUGGUGUUCACAGCUGAUUUGAGGGCUUUUGCGGAUCAUGGACGAGAAGAGAGCGUCACUGUGAAGGAGGAGGUG